UUAGAAACUUAUGGAACAAUAAUCUGAUAUUGUCAAGAGAACGUGAAAGAAAGAGCCGAAGAUACGUUCAUAACAGAUAACAGACUGAGAUAACAAAUUGCUAACUUUUGUCAGAGAGAAUUAGCAAUAAAUCAGGCCACCAGCAGUCGCCUCUAGCCCCUUAUUGAAGAUAAUGUUUCAUGGGACCAUGUAGAUCACACGCUACUGCCACAUGCAGGUUGAUACUCAUCAUCCUACUGCUGCACCCUGCCUCUUUAUCCGCUGUAGAACCAGUGUCUUGUAAUGAUGUGAGGAUAGAAAACGGAGCUGUAUACAGAACCACUGACUCAUUGCUCAGAACCACGCUGUUGGUGCAGUGCCAUCACAACUACUUAUUACUUCCACCUGACGGAUCUCUGCUAAGAUGUGAAGGUGGUUUUAUAACUCCACCUCUUCCACAAUGUGUAGAAACAAAGCACUGUAAUUAUACCUGCAAUCUGAACCAUACUGGUCACUGUACACCUAGUGAUCAAAAACAAUUCAAACCAGGUGAAACCGUAACGUCCGUAUGUGAGGAUGAUUACUCCCUGAACUCGGAUCUUGAUACUCGAACAUGUGGAGUUGAUGGGAACUGGGACCUCGAGCAGCAGCCUCUUUGCGUCUUGUCAGGUAAUUCGUGUGAGAUCACAGCAGCAAAUGCUACUGCGUACUUUCUGGAUCCCCUACACACUGCUAAAGAGGUGCCACAUGGCACUGAAGUAAAGGUACAGUGUAAGAGCGGCUACAAAACUGAUGGUACCAUCAAUAUUAACUGUGUGGAUGGAGAAUUCGAUAAAUUCCUUGGAGGCCUAUGUUAUUAUGAGGGAGUGAACAUGGAGCUCACAUUCUCGUACACUAAGGAUGAUAAAAUACACAGCGACACUUCAAAUGGAACCCAGAUAUCUUUUGAGAAAGGCGAGAACGUGUCGUUGACGUGUACAGUGCACUCCAAGACACCGGACGGACUUCCUUACCCGGAAGUGACAUGGUUGUAUCCCUCUAGACUAAGGGACUACGUGGACUAUCAUGAUGGGGACGCUUUCAUACAGGACGAUUAUAUUAAAAGUCUCAAACAAGAUUACAGUAUAAAAGUGGAUGGAGAGACACACAAAGCAGUGGGUAUUCUGAGUAUCAGUCCUACUAUGGAGGUGCACACUGGAGAGUAUACGUGUGUUGUUAAAAUUGUCAACUACACUGACCACUCUGAGACUACGAUAAAGAUAAAGCCUGAUUUUGUGAUAGCCAUGUACUUCCUGUUGAUUAUACCGGUGGUGCUGUUUAUAAUAGUUCACUGUUUCUACCGUAAAGCUACACUCAGUCCUUUUCCUGCUCCAAACAAACUCACUAAAGAUAUGAUGCAGGAAGUGGAUAAGAAGAAGAAGUUGGAGGAAAUGAAAGCAAACCCAGCGUAUCAGCACAUUCAAGUAAUGGGAGCAGGGGAGAAGAACCACAGGGGCCGGAGAGGAGCAGUGCUUGACAUAUGAGAUCAUAUGGGUAAUGGGAACUGUGAAGUAUACACAUUGCUACCGGACACAGGUCACAGACCUGACACCAAUAACGAAUAGUUCAACAUGGGGUUCAUCAUUGUCACUUUGAGGGGAGUUUGAUAGGUGCUGCUUAAAUGGGUCAAUAAACGGGACGUCGGGCACAAUGGGGAAUAAAACGUUUGUGACCUUUGAGAUCUUUUAAAUGAUAAUCUUGUUAUGAAUUUCUGUGAACCGUUCAUUCUAAAGCACCAGUUUUAGAAUGAAUAUGAAGUGGUCAGGAGUAAAGUUAUUUUUUAGCUCAAAGCCUUUUUCAGAAAAAAAGUUUCAAUAUAAACACGGGUAUUGAUAUUCUAAUUUCUAAUUAUAAUCUACAUGAUUUUAAUUAUUUUGUUUUGCACAAUGUUUUGUUUUUUUGACAGCGCUGAAUUUCUGUGCGUCAUCUGGCGAAUUCUUCAUCAACAUAUUCUUUGAGAGAUUAUUUUGUGUUAACUGCAUUUAAAUAUGAAAUAAACUUAGGUAUUCGCUUUGUUUUUUCUUUCUGGUUAAACUUGUAAUUAUUUAACAGAUGUUUUAUCGACAAAAAAGA